AUGUCCGACCAAAGCAUUCGACUACCUCCUCGUCCCGAAACACUAGACAUCGUUCGUCUGCGCGACAUUGAACUCCCCCUCACUGCCCCAGAAGCAUGGCACCGCGAAGGGAAGCCCCAACCCUGCACCGCAACCCUUAAACUCUCCUACUCCUCCAUCGUCGGAGCAGCAGACACAGACGAUGUCUCCCUCACCCUCGACUACGGCAAGCUCUUCCGCCGACUAGAGAGCAAUGUCCGCACCUUCGUUCACCCCGUCACUUCCCCCGAACACCCAGCCAGACACCUGGUCAACCUCCAAGGCACCCGAUGCGAAGAGAUGAACAGCGCAGCCUUCGGCCAAGAUCCCCGCGUAACAGCCGGAAUCGUCGCCAGCGCCGGCCUAGACAUUCUAGACGAAACAGCCGCCAGCGUCAAGCGACGCGAUAACUCCUCCAUCUCCGCAGAGUACGGAGAAUGCGAAGUGGAACUCAGUCUCCCCAAGGCCAUUUUACGGGCCGACCAUGGCCUCUGGUAUCGCAGCAUCACUGCUUUCGGAUAUACACCUGCAGAGCUGCGGUGUCCUGUUGUGCUGGAAGAAGAAUAUCGCAUUGAGGGGAUCAGAUGCUAUGCGAUUCUUGGUGUCAAUUCUCACGAGAGACUCGAGAAGCAGGCUGUUAUUGUUGGGCUUAGGUUCCAGGGUCCUGGUCAGCUUCCGUGGGGGUCGAAGGUGGUUGAGACUUAUCAGGCUGUGACCAGAGCUGUUGCUGAGAAAGUGGAUGCGACUACCUUCCACAGUGUUGAGGCUUUGGCUACGUUCAUUGCGCAUAUUGUUACGGUCGAGUUUGGUAAUGAGUCUGUCACUGUCAAGGUUGAGAAACCUAGUGCUUUGGCAUUUGUUCAGCGCUCUGGGGUUGAGAUUACUCGCUCCAAGGCUUUCUUUGAUACUCAUCGUAUUCCGGAGGCGCGUGCAUAG